AUUCGGUGUCAGAUUUUUCUGGGAUAGCCCCUCUUUUUAGUAUCUUUUUUUGUCAGAAAUUUACUGUAUGAACGGAGUAAUCUCUUGAUAGAUUCUUAUUGUCCAUAAAUUUUAUCAGACUAUGGUGUUGCCAAUACAGAUAUAAAUUAUUUUCUGAUUGUGAAACAAUCAGAGUGUGGUGUAUCCUUUAAUUUUUAAAAUAAAGAUAUUGGAAAGACGGAAUUAGCUGUCUCGUUAACUGGUUACUUGUAGCAGUAUUGAAUGAAUAAUAUUGUAAUUAUUUUAUAAGCAUUUUUUGACACUGUUAUUUGCAUGUCGAUGCAUGACUUUUCAUCUAGUCGGUCGGCCGUCCGUGAUGAUGAGGAUGAUGACCAAGUAAGAAAAUGUGUGAAAUUCUGGCCGGCGAAUGUGUGAAAGCUGUUUUACUAUUUGUACAGCUCUGCCACUUUCCUAUAACUUCAAGGCCCUGUAUGUGUGCUUUCCACUUUGUAUGACAAGGUCAAUAUCCCUGCUUGCGUCUGAUAUAGGAUGGAGAAGCAGGUGAAACAGAGGAACAAGAUCCUAGCCUUUCUUCCGAAAGCUGCAUCAGCCGUGACUUUCCAGGUAAGCCCGCCAAUCAGCCCUGCUGGUAAAGGGUAUUUAGGUCCGAUCGUGUCCUUGAUUCCCAAGGAGGCUCGGAGAAAGUCCAAGAAUGGGAGCUUUGAUGAACCAACCUCACCGAAAGUUUCGUGCAUGGGCCAGAUCAAGUGCAGGAAAAAGAAGGAAACUGUGACGCCACCGCAAGCAGCGACGGAAGAAAUGAAGAGGAAGCCUUUUUUGAUGCUUAAAGUAUUGAAAGGGACAAAGGGUGGUCAUAGAUUUGAUGUUUCCAAUACCGAGGCAGAUCAGGUUGCUGAAAGAGUUCCUUCCUCCUUGCGCCAGAUGAAGCAAUUUUCAAGCGCACGUGGAACGUUAUCAGAUUUUGAUUGGAGGGCAUAUGAUGCAGCAGGGGCAGGGGAAGCAGGCUGCGUGAGCAAUCCUUUGUACGAGGAAAAGGGAGUGAAAAGUGAGAAGGAAGCAAAGGUUGUUGUCAAUGGAGUUGGGGUAGUUGAAGAAACAAGAAGAGAGAAUCUGUGGACGAGAAGAAGCACGGCACCUCUAAUUCCAAUUCAGUUGUAACUCCAUGAUUGCUGAGCUAAGUUUGAUUGUCAUAAUCAAUUAAUAUUUUAUGUAAUCUUUUUCUUGUAAUUCGAAAAGCCAUUGUCAAUGUAUAUACGAAAUUGAAUGAUAAUCAAAAACAAGAUCUUGGUCUUUCCCCCUUAAA